UACCCUCAAAAAUUUGUUAGCAAGAGCUCUUUGUUUAAUAAUAUUGCCCGUGAUUCUCUACAUUUCUUUUUUUUAUAUUCACCUGAAAGUAUUAAAUAGAAGCGGUAAUGGAGAUGGAUUCUACAGUUCAGCAUUUCAGUCUCAAUUAAUAGGCAAUAGUCUUCACAAUGCCAGCAUGCCCCAUCAAGUAGCGUACGGUUCUAUUAUAACAUUAAAAAAUCAUAGGACAGGGGGAGGCUACUUGCAUUCUCAUUACCAUCUUUACCCAGAAGGAAUUGGAGCCAGACAGCAGCAGAUUACUACGUACACCCAUAAAGAUGACAACAAUAAAUGGGUAAUAAAAAAGUACAACAGUGAGCCAAAUAGUGAUGUAGAGAUCGUACGCAGCGGUGACUUGGUAAGACUGGAACAUAUAGCCACGAGGCGCAACCUUCAUUCUCACAAAGAACAAGCUCCCAUAACCAAGAAACACUACCAAGUCACAGGUUAUGGUGAAAAUGGCACGGGAGAUGCGAACGAUGUGUGGCGGAUCAGUGUCGCAGGUGCAAAAGAUGGAACGCAAGUUACAGCAGUCAGUAGCAAAUUAAAAUUUGUUCAUUAUUUGCAAUCGUGCAUAUUAACUACUAGUGGUAAGCAGUUACCUAAAUGGGCAUAUGAACAGCAAGAGGUAACUUGUAAUCCAAACCUACGGGAUCCUAACGGAGUGUGGAAUGUAGAGGAAAAUAUUUUUGAGAAAUGUAAGUUUGUACAGGGUAUUCUGCUUAAGGGCUAGCCACCCCGUAACUGUUUU